ACCGCCCGCGAAAUCGUGCCCCUUUUAAACGCUGAGAGUGAGUCGAGCCGCGAUCCGAACAUUUCUGCUGACGCACCCCGAAGACUCCAACAAACCGGCAAAGUGGCGGAAGUACCGAAAAUGAAGCUCAUCGACUCGGUCGUGCGGAGCUUCAAGGUGGCCAAAGUGUUCCGUGAGAACACGGACAAAAUCAAUGCGAUUGACUUCUCCGCCAAUGGCGAAAUGUUAAUCUCAUGCAGCGAGGACGAUCAGAUUGUGCUGUACGACUGCGAGAAGGGCACCCAGAUCCGGACGGUCAACUCGAAAAAGUACGGCGUCGAUCUGAUACACUUUACGCACGCCAACAACACGGCCAUCCACAGCUCGACCAAGGUGGACGAUACGAUCCGGUACCUGAGUCUGCACGACAACAAGUAUCUGCGUUACUUUCCCGGCCACACGAAGAAGGUGAUCUCGUUGAACAUCUCGCCCGUGGAGGACACCUUUUUAUCCGGAUCUCUCGACAAGACGCUCCGAUUAUGGGACCUACGGUCUCCGAACUGCCAGGGAGUGAUGCAGUUAAACGGGCGACCGGUGGCAGCGUACGAUCCGGAGGGUCUAAUUUUUGCGGCCGGUGUCAACUCGGAAAGCAUCAAGCUGUACGAUUUGCGAUCGUUCGACAAGGGACCUUUCGUCACGUUCAAGCUAAACCAGGAGAAGGAAUGCGACUGGACGGGGUUGAAGUUUUCGCGCGACGGUAAAACGAUCCUCAUCAGCACGAACGGGUCUAUCAUUCGGUUAAUCGACGCGUUUCACGGUACGCCCCUUCAAACGUUCACGGGGCACCUCAACAACAAAGGCAUCCCGAUCGAGGCCUCGUUCAGUCCGGAUUCGCAGUUUAUCUUCUCCGGCAGCACAGACGGGCGAGUGCACGUCUGGAACGCGGACACGGGCUACAAGAUCUGUGUCCUCAAUGGUGACCAUCCCGGCCCGGUGCAGUGUGUGCAGUUCAAUCCGAAGUUCAUGAUGCUUGCGUCGGCCUGCACGAAUAUGGCGUUCUGGCUUCCUACUGCCGACGAUGUUUAGACUAUGAGGGACAACGGUACAAGCGUGCUUUUUAUUCAAUGGCGCGAUGGCAAACGAAACAUCCUGGGUCGUGUGGAUAUACGUUUACUGGGGUGUUCACAACGGAACCUUUUAUUUUACACUGUCGUCUGAAGUGGUUCGUACGGAGUCUUCUUUAUUUGGAAGACUGGAUUUAGUAUUUAACGAAUAAACAGAAGAUUCUA